UUAGCAUUCCGGCAACCCCCAACCAACUCUGAGAAAUCGUUUCCUCCUUAUACGCAUGGGAAGGAAGCAGUAGUAGCUCUAGUGCAAAGAACACCAAUGGCGAUCAGCUUCGUUCUAGUACUAUACGUUAUCAUCGGGUCGUCUCUAGAGACCGAUGGUUUUGCUCCAGGCUUCAGCACGAGGAGGACCUUGGGAUCCUCCCGAGAGGCUUCUUGGAUGAAUAGUUCCACCCGAUUGCCUGUGCGGGCCGACAAGAUCGACUCCAAGUUGCUGGAUGACUUUCGAACAUCCUGGGGUGAAUUUAUCAACCCCUAUGAAGUACUGAAAGUCAACCGCGCUGCUGAGCAAUUCGAGAUCAAGCAGUCUUAUUACAAACUGUCCCGCCGCUAUCACCCUGAUGGUAUGAGGUAUCGAGAUAUACUACCGGGAUCGUGCAACAAUAUGGAGGACGUCCGGAACCACUGGGAACGCAUUCGAAUGAGUUACGAGAUUUUGUCGGAUAAGAAAUCCCGCCAGCGUUACGACCGUCAUGAAGCCUUGGCGGAUCCAGGCCAAGCUGUACGGCGUGCGGCUUCAGAUGCGGCGUUGAAGGGCGUCGUGGGAAUGGGCAAGGGCUUGCUGGGCGCCGGAUCCUUCGCCUAUCAUCAAAUCGUGAAAAAGAAAAGCGAUACCGUUGACGGCGUGGAACAAAAAAACGUGUAA